AUUGGCCAAACUCUUGUCUACACCGGCAUUUCCCUCCUUCCGUCCUUCUGCUUCCCGCCCUCUCACCUCCCCCCUUCCCUAGAAAGGCCAAGAAAACCCGCAGCAUUCCACGGGGGGAAGGGAGAGAGGGAGGGAGAGAGAGAGAGAGAGUAGAGUAGAGAGAGGCGGCGGCGGCGGCGUCGGUAAUGGGGAUCCAGGGUUUGCUUCCGCAGCUGAAGUCUAUCAUGGCGCCCAUCGGGGUGGAAGACCUGAGGGGGCAGACGGUGGCCGUCGACACUUACUCCUGGCUCCAUAAGGGCGCCCUCUCCUGCAGCGACCGCCUCUGCAAGGGCAUCCCGACCACCAGGCAUAUUGAGUACUGCAUGCAUAGGGUUAACUUGCUGCGACACCACGGUGUGAAGCCAAUUCUCGUAUUUGAUGGAGGCUUUCUGCCAAUGAAGAGCGAGCAAGAGAUCAAACGAGCAAGGUCACGAAAGGAAAACCUUGAGCGUGCCAGGGAACACGAAGCAGCUGGGAAUUCACGUGGUGCUUUUGAGAGUUACCAGAAAGCUGUUGACAUUACGCCAAGAAUUGCUUCUGAACUGAUCCAGGUACUGAAGCAAGAAAAUGUUAGCUAUAUUGUUGCGCCUUACGAAGCAGAUGCGCAAAUGACAUUUUUAUCUGUAAACAAACUUGUUGAUGCCGUAAUUACCGAGGAUUCUGAUUUGAUACCAUUUGGCUGUUCUAGAAUUAUUUUCAAGAUGGACAAAUUUGGGCAAGGUGUUGAAUUCCAGAUUAUGCGAUUAGAACAAAACAGGGAGCUUGACUUUAAUGGAUUCACAAAACAAAUGUUACUAGAGAUGUGCAUUCUAAGUGGCUGUGACUAUCUUCCGUCGUUGCCAGGAAUGGGUGUGAAACGAGCUCAUGCACUGAUUCAAAAGCUUAAGAGUCAUGAGAAGGUAAUCAAGCACCUGAGGUACAGUUCUGUUUCUGUUCCACCUCAAUAUGAAGAGAACUUCAAGAAGGCAAUAAGGGCAUUUCAGUUCCAAAGGGUUUAUGAUCCUGCAACAGAAGAUAUUGUUCAUCUGUCUGGCAUUCCUCAUGACUUCAGUGAAGACGACUUUUUGGGCCCAUGGUUACCACAGGCUGUCGUUAAAGGUAUUGCUCUAGGAGACAUUGAUCCGCUCUCGAAGGAACCAUUUGAGGCCAAAAUUCAGUGCAGUGCAUCUGCUGUAGAUAAAGUUUAUCCAAUCAGAGAGUCUAUUAUUCCUUCAAACGGAAAGAAGAGGCUAGAUUUGCCUGUGCAGAAGAACAUAUUGACAAAUUACUUCUGCUUAGCAUCGCUUGAGGCAAAACGGAAGUUCAGGGCGCCUAAGGUUACACCUAAGCAACAACUAUUGAAUGGAUCUUCUUUGCCCAGUCCUCUGGCUGAAGACUCUGCCACCUCUGAUUCCAUUGAAGACACUAGCUUGCCAACAAAUAACAUUCAAGCCUCUCAGAGUAGCUCUGAGCAUUUUAGCUCUGAACCUCCUAAAGAUGAUUCAAUUAACGCCUCUCAACAUAGUACUGAGCCUUUCAGCUGUGACUUCCCUCGGAAUGAUUCAGCCAGUGCUUCACCCCAUUGUAGUUCUUAUGAUGUUGGCAGCGAUCCUCCUUUUGAGGACCCAUACAUUGAAGACAGAGAGGUUGAGAUCAACUAUUGCAACGUUGCAAUACCAGGAAGUCCUUUGUUAGAGCGAACAUUGCCUGGGAUAGCUGAUCCAUUAUUACUUUCACAUGACAUGGAGCCAUCCAGACCAGUUCCGCAUUAUGCUGAAAGCAAUGUGGUCCCUACUAAUAGGACUAUUACUGUAAGGAGUUCAUACUUCAGGAAAGAUAAGAGGGUUUACACAAAUCAAGGAGAAGACCAGUUAGAUGAUGAAGAUAACCGUGAGACUGGUACUUGCACUCUUUCUGGAGAUCAAUUGAGGAACCCUGGAGGUAUAGUGAAGAGAAGAAAACAUUGGGAUCCCCAAAAUUUUGAAGAUGAAGCAUUGCAGCCAACUAGUACACAUGAAAGUGCACCAGUUGAUGAAGACUGUGAUGCUGAUUCCCCUGGUGGCAUCAGCACAAAUUCUGAAGGCAGAUUUGGAUGCAAUGUUGCCCAUGUGAAUACAUACAGUGGCAUUGCGGAGAAAUCAAUGGACAAGUUUGCUGCGCUGAUAUCAUCAUUCAAAAAUGCAGGCUCCCGUGCAAGUGGCCUUCGUGCUCCUCUAAAGGAUGUGAAGAAUACCCUGUCUGUGAGAUCAAUUCUCAGACCUCCGGAAAAGAACCUCAAAUGCAUGGCUAAGAAGACUGCCAGAGCUCAUGGUGCACAAAGCAGAUUCACAAGGGACGCUCCAAACAUAGCAGAUGGUCCUCCUGAUCUGAGCACAUUUGCAUACAGACCUAUAAAAACUGCUGCUGUUUGCCCUGAUCAGGGGAAGAUCACCAAUAAUGCUGCAGAUCCUGCUGCCAGCCCUCCUGGUCUGAGAGCAUUUGAGUUUGCACCCGCAAGACCUACUGUCAGUUAUCCUGAUAAGAGAAAAAAUGCUCGUGAAGCAGUGGGUACUGCUCCCUGCCCUCCUGAUGUGAGCACUUUUGCAUACACAUCCGCGACUACUGAUAAUCUCUCUGACCACAGCAAAUUCUCCAACACAGCCAUAAGAACUGCCGACAGUCCUCCUGAUCUGAGUACAUUUGAAUACACACCACUUCACCGGAGCAAAUUCUCUAUUACGGCUGCAAGAACUGCUGACAGUCCUGAUCUGAGCAAAUUUGCAUAUAAACCAAUGAAACGUGUGGCCAGAUAUUCUGGUGGGAGCAGAUUAGCAGCUUCUGCGCGAACAUCUCGAGGCCGAUUCACAUAAAACUGCCAAAGCACCUGUCAGCCUUCCUGAUCAGAGCAUGUUUGCUAUGCACCAAUAGCUUCUACUACUUUUCCUGAGAUACCUUUCCUAUUCCGUUCUGAGAAAACUCAGAUCCAACAAAUGCUGUCGUCAGCGCCCCUGAAUCCCAGAGGAGCCCCCGACACAAAUUACCCCUUUUGGCGUGAAAGUGGAUGCAUGAAUGAAGAUGACUGACAUACUGAGACUGGAAGGCAGUUGGUAGCUGCAGGGGCUCGCGAGUUGAUAGUUCAUGCAAAUGCAGGCUGAAGCAUGUAUAGUCUGAAGGGGAAGGUAGCUGGCAUGGCAGCAGUUGCCCAUCAUUUCAGUUUUCAUAGUCCACCGUGUGUGUACAUGCUCAUUUUUGUUCUCUUAUGAGGGUACUGUUCUUUGUCAGUUCCUGAUCAAGACAAUGAAACAGUUGGAGAAUAUGUUGUAUUGUGUACUGGUGAUGCCUGCAAAUUUUGUGUGUGGGUAUAACACGUAUAUUUGGAAUGUAUGUGUUAACUUCUCAUCUUUCA